AUGUGGCGCGGCGACGGCGCGACCGUCGAGCGCAAGUUAGCCCCGGACGGGAAAGUCUACUUCUCUUACGCCGACAUCGCGUCCGCCGUGUCCUCGGCCGUGCCGCGCGUCAAGGCCUUCGGGCCCGACGUCAUCGUGGCCAUCGGCGGCGGCGGCUUCAUCCCCGCGCGCAUGCUCCGGACCGAGUGCGCCGUGCCCAUCCUCGCCGUCAGCCUCGAGCUCUACGACGACGCGACGAAGACCGCGCGCGACACGGUCGAGCUCAAGCAGUGGUUCGACGAGGGCAGCGGCUUCGGCACGCUCGUCCGCGGGCGCCGCGUGCUCAUCGUCGACGAGGUCGACGACACGCGCACGACGCUCCAGUACGCCGUCGAGGAGCUGCGCCGGCGCAACGCGCCCGCGGCCGUCGCCGUCCUCGUCGUCCACAACAAGCGCAAGCCGAAACGCGGCGCGGUCCCGCAGGACGUCACCUACAUCGCCUGCGAGCACGUCGCGGAUCAUUGGAACUGCUACCCCUGGGACGCCGCGGCCUACGGCCACGCCAUCGACGAGCACGAGGCCCUCGCGCGCUCGUGCGCCGGCGAGUCCCGCAAGUUCCCCGGCGCCGCGUUCGCCGUCGUCGGCGCGAUCGUCGGCGCGGCCCUCGCGGCGCGCCUUAAGAACUAG